AUGUUCACCCCCCUCGGUGUUCUGGCAAAUAUCGCCAAUCAUGCUUUGACGAUACUUGCGUCACCAGCGCAGGAACCACUGAAUGCGGCAACUGCACUUGGCCGUCCUCGACAUUAUGAUAUCCAGGGGCAUAGAGGAGGAAGAGGUAUUGCUGUUGAGAAUACCCUUGCUAGCACUGCUUGGGGUCUGAUCGAAGGCGUCUCAACCAUAGAGGUGGACAAUGGGAUCACUAAAGACGGUGUCGUCGUCGUAUGGCAUGAUACGAGUAUCACACCUGAGAAAUGUGUUGAUACUGCGCCAGCGUUUCCAGGAGAUCCCGAUUUUCCAUACGUUGGAAAAUUCAUCGCGAAUCUCACCUUGGCGCAGAUAAAGACUGUAGAUUGCGGUUCAAAGCGGCAGGAGGCUUUCCCAUUGCAGUUGACAUAUCCGGGUAUACGUAUAUCGACUCUUCAAGAGCUCUUCGACUUCGUAGGUUGCGCGGACCCUGCACAUCACAUACAGUGGAACAUCGAAUCCAAGAUUGAUGCCCGUCAUCCAAAUCGUACGAUGGAUGUGGAUACUUUUGUCUCUAAACAGAGCGCUGUUUUUUCUGCUAGUCCCUACUUUUCAUCAAUAACUUAUGAAAGCUUUGAUUGGAGGACUCUAAUUGCCAUGAAGGCUUAUAAUCCAUCAAUGCGCCUCUCGGCUCUCAUUGACGAUGACUACGGCUACAUGCCAGACAACAGCACAUCUCCAUGGCUAGCUGGUUUACGGUUGGAUUCAUUUCCAGGCCCCACCCAGGGCCAACAAGUCGCGCAGGCAGCACAUGCUAUUGGCGCUAAUAUCUUAUCACCUUCAGCGAAAAGCGACUUCAGCCCAGGAGAAGAUCCCUUGAUGCCAGACUACAUGGCUUUCACCACAGGAGACAUGGUCGAUGAAGCUCACAAGUUCGGGAUGGAAGUCAAAGUCUGGACAGUUAACCAUUUUAAUCUUGUUGAACACGUUCUUGCAUUGAAUGUAGAUGGAAUCAUCACAGACUAUCCGGACGCACUCCGUCGUCUGCUCAAAUAUAACAAUAUACCCGCGGCGCCAAAAUACCCCAAACAACGAGUCCUUGCUUGCUUGAACGAGCAUCUGGCGAGACAAUCUGUGACAUUGAAUUGA